UCUUCUCCAAUUUCCCCCUUUUUUUUUUCCUUCUUUUUUUCAUUUCAAAAUUUUUUUCCCUGUGGUCUGUGUUAGAAACCCUAGAUUCGUUGUCUUUUUUUGUUGAAUUUGAUUGCCCAGAAAACACCGUAGAAAUUAGAAUAGGGUUCAUGUUUUCUGCGUUGAUUAAUUUUUUUUAUUUUGUUAUUAUUUUUUUUCAACCCCAAAACUACACAGAUUAAGGCGGAGUAUUUUGGUAUAGUUUCAAAAUUUACGUUUAGGGUUCAUGGGAUUGACAAUUUGGGAGGGAUUUAUUGAGCAACCUCAGGGUUUUUCUCUCGAUUUUUAUGCGUGUGCGGAGUUGUUGUUAGAUACCAUGGAUUCUAACUUGCAAUCUCCGAAUCAAGAUAAUGUGGAUGUAAAACCAGCAUUUCGCAAACCUACAACUGAUGCGACCAACAGGAAGUAUCGGCGUCAUUCUCCUGUUAGCGGAUCACAAUCUGAUGGGAGUCCUGAGCGUGAGCGUAGUGCUAGCCCAAAAUUGACGGGGGAAGAUCCUAGAAGAGUCCAUGAAAGUCAAUCAAGACGGAAGGACGAUGGCAAGGAAGUAGACAGGGAUUCAUACAGGAGUCACUACGGUAGGGGUAGUGAUAGCUAUAGACAUUCUGACAGACAGUUUUCUAGGAGUUCACAUAGAUACUCCAGGCAUGAUGAUUACAGCAAACACGACAAGCAUGCAGAUGACGAAGAAAGAAAUCAUCGUAGGUUAUCUUCUCGUUCUGGGUGGGAAUCAAAAGGUGGCACUCAUAUUGACCAUAGCAAGUUGAGGGACCAUUUGCGAGAUGGGGGCAAGUACUCUCGUGAUAGAUAUGAUAGUUAUUUGUAUAAUAGCAAAGACAGAGAAAGGGAAACCUCAUCUCUAGAGCAUCACAAAUAUAAUGAUAGGGAUUCAUCAUUUGAUAAGGCCAAAUCUGGCAAGAGACAUCCACAUCCUGAAGAUGUUGAAAGGGAGAGGCGUGGAAUGGAAAAGGAUGGUCAAGAUGAUAAGAGGGAUUUCCGUAGGAGUUCAGGAGAUUAUAGAGGUGAUCGAGAAGAGGUCAAGGGGCAUUCAAUUGACUUUUAUUCAAGGAAUCGUGCUAAAGAAUGUUAUAAGAAUGAGGCAAAAGAAAUUGAUGGUCAAUGCCUCACCAAAGAAGGAAAAAAGAAAUAUGAUGAUGUAGAAACCAAUAGGAGCAAUGAUCAGUACAUUAGAGAACCUGCAGAACAGUCUGGGGAAAAAUCAGUUAUUGGGAGCGAAAACCAAGAAUUUCUUUCCAAAAGGCAAAAGUUUAGCUUGGAUAAGUACACUGAUGCAGGGAAAAAAGUUUCAAAAUUCUCGACUGUUGCUGAUGUAAAGGAGUCUAGUCCCCAGCAACCGCCGGAUCAUAAACUGACAGCAGGUGAGGACCAGGUGAAUGUCUCCAACUUUGCUAAUGAUCUGAAUGCUGCAAAAGUUGCUGCAAUGAAAGCUGCUGAAUCGGUUAAUAAGAACCUUGUUGGAGGGGUCGGAACAGGAUUUAUGACUGCUGACCAAAAGAAAAAGCUGCUGUGGGGAAACAAAAAGACUACAAUUGCUGAAGAAUCUGGGCACCGCUGGGAUAGUACUCUGUUUUCAGACCGGGAACGGCAAGAAAAAUUCAAUAAACUCAUGAGUCUGAGGUUGCAUUGGUGCCUAUGGCCAAUUGUAGGGUGUGAAGGCCGAUCAGAAAGCAGAUCACAAACCCGAAAACCAAAGUGGCAGCGACCUUCUUCAAGCAGAGAAGCAGAGGGAACUCCAGCUGGAUUUAGAGAAGCAGUACACUGCGGGGCUGCGGAGAAGAGAUGGCCGUACUGUUGGACUGGGUCUUUGAGCAUCUGGUGUAGAAAAUUUAGGAGUUCAUUCUGAAACUUUCUGAUUUGGCCUUUAAUCAUCUUGUUUACAUGUACAAGAAUUAUGUCACUUGUGGUUCCAUACUUCUGUCCUGUAAAACAUAAGUUCUUGCUGUUCGACUUUUCAGCUUUUGCUGAAAAUUUGAUCUUACAUGAUAUUCCAACCGCUGAAUGCUGUGUAAAGUUUGCCAAA